UGGAAAAAACAACAACAACCAAACAACAGAUAAGCUGGGUCGUGGCGGGAGAAGCCUAAGUCUGAAUCAGACACAGCCAUGGACGGUGUGUAUGGAUGGGGCAUGACCCCACUCAACCCAGUCCAAACAGCGAACCCCUUCAUAGAGAUCAUUGAGCAGCCAAAGCAGAGGGGGAUGAGAUUUAGGUAUAAGUGUGAAGGACGCUCAGCCGGCAGCAUUCCUGGAGAGAAAAGCAAUGACACCACUAAGACUCACCCAGCCAUCAAGGUGCACAAUUACAGCGGCCCCUUGCGUGUUCGUAUUUCACUGGUAACAAAGAACGCACCGCACAAGCCUCACCCCCAUGAACUUGUUGGGAAGGACUGCAAACAUGGCUACUACGAGGCCGACCUGCAGGAGAGAAGAAUACACAGUUUUCAGAACCUGGGCAUACAGUGUGUGAAGAAGAAGGAUGUGAAUGAGGCUAUCACUUGCAGGCUGCAGACAAAUAACAACCCCUUCAACAUUCCUGAGGCGAAGGUGUGGGAGGAAGAGUUUGACCUGAAUUCAGUGCGGCUUUGCUUCCAGGCCUCCAUCACUCUGCCUACAGGGGAGCUGUUUCCUCUGGAGCCGGUGGUAUCACAGCCCAUUUAUGACAACAGGGCCCCAAACACAGCUGAGCUGAAGAUCUGCCGAGUCAACCGCAACUCUGGAAGCUGCAAGGGAGGGGAUGAAAUCUUUCUGCUGUGUGACAAAGUGCAAAAAGAGGACAUUGAGGUGCGUUUCUUCCAGGACUCCUGGGAGGGAAAGGGCACUUUCUCACAGGCCGAUGUCCACAGGCAGGUGGCCAUUGUGUUCCGUACACCGCCCUACCGCGACACUAAUCUCACUGAGCCCAUUAGAGUCAAGAUGCAGCUCCGCCGGCCAUCUGACCGCGAGGUCAGUGAGCCAAUGGACUUCCAGUACCUGCCCUCUGACCCAGAUGAAUACAGACUGAGUGAGAAGAGAAAACGUACAGGAGACAUGUUCCAGAGCCUCAAGCUGGGACCCAUGCUGUCUAGUGUGUCCAUUCCACAAGAUAGACGGCACAUAAGCCCAGCAAGGAGAACAGUCACAGCCAAGCCUCCAUCAAUGAACCCACAAGCUGCAGCUGUGGUGCCCCCUGUUGCCAGUGCAGUGAAACCCCAGGCUUCAUACUCAUAUCAGCCAAGCCAGCUCUUCUCCAUCCAGCCCAAGGUAGAGGCCUCUCCCUCCAGCUCAGCUGAGACUAAAAACCAAACAUGGAAAAUCAUGGAGAGCCUGAACCUGGGCCCCCAGCCCAAAGCCACUCCAGUGGCCAACUUCACAAUAAGUCAGGCGCCAUCUUCCUCCUCUUCCUCCUCUACAACCACCUCCACUGCCAACCAGGACUUCUCCACUGUCAACCUGUCAGACCUUCAUGAAUUCUUCCCCAACAUUUCCUCAGCCAUGGCCCAGGAGCCCACACCUUCUCAUGGGACCACUGUCUCCUCUCAGGCCAGCAGCUCCUUCACCCUCCAGGCCCCUCAGUUCCGGGUUGAUGAUGAUGAUAUCCCAGAAUUCCCUAUCUUUCCUGAAGCCCAGGCCCCAGGUACCCUGGACAGCCUAAACAUGGAUGACUUUGAGGACCUUCUGAACCCCCGCCUCAUCAGCGAGGCUGGAAAUGGCGCCUCAAUGUUGGCCCAAGCUUCAUGUCAACAAGCCGCCCCUCCCAGCUCCUCCGCUGCUGCCCAGAACACAGUAUCCCAGAACACUUCUGACCCUGCCAGCCAACCAGGUAGCACCUGGAUGAAUUACCCCAACAGCAUUGUCAACUUGCUCCAGAACGAGGGCAUGAUUAUCAUGGCAUCCAACAACAACAACCACCAGGCCCCUGUGCUGGAUGAGUUUGAUGAGUUGAUGUCUGCUGACGAGGAUCGUCUUAUUUCCAUUUUUAACAGCGAAAGCCAAGCUGGGUUUGUGUCAGGACACCAGACUUAAAGUUUGUCCAUGUGAUUUUUUUUUUUUUUUUUUUUUUUUUUUU